CAAAAAUAAAUUACACGUAACGCUUAUAAAUAUUGUUUGUCGUUAAAUUAUUCCUACGUGUAUGAUUGUUGGCUACAGAAUGGAUUAUCAACAAACUUAUGGAAGGACGUAUUCAAGGCGUAAUGAUAGAGGAAACAACAGGAAUGAUUAUAGAAAAAGAGAGUAUACAAAUUCUUCUUAUAAUGAUCAACAAUCUACUGAUAAAUUUAUGAUACAGAUUGACACCGAGAAAGUAGGAAAAUUAAUUGGUAGAGGUGGAAGUAACAUUAGAGACUUACAAGACAAAACAGGCACAAGGAUUCAAAUUGAGAGAUCAACUGGAAACGAUACUACUGGUGUGAUCAUAAUUGGAUCUGCAGAAGGACAGGAACAUGCCAAAAAUUUAAUAGAAGAAUCAUUAAAUGAUUCUCCUCCAUAUCACAGCCAAAGAUUAGAAAAUGAACAGAGGGAGUGUGAUAAACCACAGAUUGAUUUUACCAAUUUUGAUUGGUCUACAGCUAGCAAAAAAUGUGAUGAGUUUCAAAAGGAGAAAUGGUCGAAAUGUACUCCUAUUGUUAAAAACUUUUACAAAGAACAUCCGUCAGUGGCCAAUAUGACAAAAGAACAGGUUGCUCAUAUUAGGAAGACAAAUAACAGUAUAGAAGUAAAAUAUAUGUUUGAUGAGAAGAAUGAUGUCUCGGAGCAAUUGUGGAUACCUAAUCCAAUUGAAACAUUUGAACAAGCAUUUGAGAGUUAUCCGGAGAUACUUGAAGAAAUCAGAAAACAGGGUUUUGCUAAGCCAAGUCCAAUACAAUGUCAGGCUUGGCCUAUUCUCCUCAGUGGUAAAGACCUUAUUGGAAUUGCACAGACUGGAACAGGUAAAACAUUGGCAUUUUUGUUGCCUGCUUUAAUUCACAUUGAGGGUCAAGAAAUACCGAGAUCAGAAAGGAAUGGUCCGAAUGUUCUUGUUAUGGCACCAACGAGAGAGUUGGCUUUACAAAUUGAACGAGAAGUCAAUAAGUAUUCUUACCACGGUAUAAAGGCGGUAUGCAUAUACGGAGGCGGAAAUAGAAAGGAACAGAUAAAUGUGGUAACGAAAGGCGUGGAAAUCGUUAUUGCAACGCCUGGUAGAUUGAAUGAUCUAGUAGAAGCAAAAAUUUUAAAUAUCUCCACAAUUACAUAUCUCGUGUUGGAUGAAGCUGACCGUAUGCUUGACAUGGGUUUUGAGCCACAGAUUAGAAAGACAUUACUUGAUAUAAGGCCGGAUCGACAAACAGUUAUGACGAGUGCUACAUGGCCUCAAGGAGUUAGGCGUUUAGCUCAAUCUUACAUGAAAAAUCCGAUCCAAAUCUUUGUUGGAUCUCUCGACUUGGCGACUGUGCACACAGUUAUGCAAAAAAUAUUUAUAAUCGACGAAGAAGAAAAGACUAAUAUGAUGUAUCAAUUUUUCCAUAAUAUGGCUCCUACCGAUAAAGUGAUGGUAUUUUUCGGAAAAAAAUGUAAGGUCGACGAUGUAGCGAGUGAUUUAGCAUUAGAAGGUGUUAAAUGUCAAAGUAUACACGGAGGAAGAGAACAGAGCGAUAGAGAACAAGCUUUAGAAGAUUUGAAAACUGGAGAAGUGCAAAUUCUUUUAGCAACCGAUGUUGCUAGUCGGGGAAUUGAUAUAGAAGACGUUACACAUGUCUUGAAUUAUGAUUUUCCACGGGACAUAGAGGAGUAUGUUCACAGAGUGGGUCGUACCGGUCGUGCCGGGCGCACUGGAGAAAGUAUAUCAUUCAUGACAAGAAAAGACUGGUCGAAUGCACAAGAAUUAAUCAAUAUUUUGGAAGAGGCUAACCAAGAAGUACCUGAAGAAUUAAACCAAAUGGCUGAAAGGUAUGAGGCGUGGAAGAAGAAACGGGCGGCCGAAAAACAAUUUGAACGAAUGGAUAGCAGAGGCGGUGGUUAUGGAGGUGGCAGGAGAAGUAAUAAUAGAUGGUAGUUUUUACCUCUCCAGCGUUAUUGAACGUACAUAUAAAGCGUUUAUAACAAACUUAUAGUUCCUGAUUUUUGUUACGCAUAUAUUAUUUUUAAGAAUACAAGAUGUUUGAUACUCGUAGUUGAUAAUGAACAGUAAAUUAUACAUACUGGAUGUCAUGAGUAUUACACAUUUUCCAUUUUUGCAUUUUAUUUUUAAAAUACGUUUGCAAAACAAUAUAAACAGUAUUACUAGAUUUACAGACGUUUAAAGACGAUUUAAAGAACACUUACAGAAUGAAUCAAAACAAGAUUAUGUAAGAUACAUUCCUGAGUUUAUUUUAAUUUUAUAAUUUCCUUAGAGAAAGAUUGUACAAUUUUUCUGUUGCGAAUUUAACGCAUAGAAAUACAUAACUACAUAAAACUUAUAUUCCCUCUGUUAAUACGAUAAAAAUAUUUAAUAAAGGUUCAGUAUUUAACUAACGGAGACAGUGUGAUGCUAUUAUUAGUAAAGUAUAACAAUGUUGCUAGUAUAAAACUAAUAAUACAUAUGUAUUUAGUUUCGGAUUACAAGAAUAAAUAAGUAAAAUAUUGACCAAGUAA